AUGUCUUCCGUCUCGCCCCGCGGCUCGAAUUUUAUCUUCGAGAGAGCACAGACAGACAGGGGCUGUGAGGCUCUAUCCGGUCUGAUCCUCUUCCUCACCUUUGUCCACGCACUGGAGGAGCAGAGAAACUUCAGCAUUAAGGACAAGUGCCACGUGGCCUCCUUGCUGACAUUGGCCCUGCACAGUGACCUUCCCUACCUAACUGAGGUUAUGGAGAUCCUCCUGAGGGCCCUCAUCCAGCAGGACCAGUCUAGCAACGCCCAGACCAGCCUUUACAGCUACCUACAGUCGUUGAUGUGGAAUAUUUGUCGCACAUUGUUUUCCCAGGAGUCUGUGGGGCAGAACCUGUUUUUGUUAGUGUCGGCGCUGAACCAGCAGAUCUCCAAGGGCCCAGUAGACUCUGUGACAGAGAAGGCCCCAUACAUGCUGAACGAGGACUGGCCGCUCUGGCAGGCUCAGGACUUCAGCGCCCUGAAGUUGAGCGUGUCCCUGGAGGUGGCCUCGGUGGGGGAGGGCGACGGCCCCCUGGAGGGCAGUGUGCUGGACUGUGACACAGUGGAGCAGGUGAAGGAGAAGAUCCUCAGGGCCUUCAAGAGCAGGUUCGGCUUCCCCUACAGCGGCCAGCUCAAGGACAUCAACAUUGUGUUUGAGAAAGGAGGCAGCUCUCUCCUGCUACAGGAAGUGGGUAGCAGUUCUGCGGUCCUUGGGGCAGUUACCAUGCUGAACACACUGAGGCACUACAAGAUUCCUGAUGGAGCCUCUGUCAAAGUCAUCACAAAAGAAGGCCACACCCCUCUGACCACACAAGCCAGUUUGAAGGUCGCCCCGCCCUCCCGGCAGAACAUUGAUCCUGAUAUUGACGACCAGAGCGGAAACCCAGAGAGGAAGAAGCUGAAGCUCAAAGAGGACUAUCUGAGAACUACUGUCCACAAAGGUACACAAACUGAAAACUACUGUCCACAAUUAUGUGUCAAAUACUUCUUUGAUUUCCUGGACGCCCAGGGAGAUAGCCAGAAGAUCAGUGACCCGGAUGUCCUUCACAUUUGGAAAACCAACAGCCUGCCCCUGCGCUUCUGGGUAAAGAUUUUGAAAAACCCCCAGUUUGUGUUCGACAUGGAGAAGACACCGCUUCUGGACGGCUGUCUGUCCGUCAUCGCCCAAGCCUUCAUGGACUCCUUCUCCCUGGUGGAGCAGCAUCUGGACAAGCAUUCACCCACCAAUAAACUCCUCCACGCCAAAGACAUCCCCCAGUACAAGCAGGAGGUGAAGGACUUCUACAAGCAAGUGAGAGACCCAGCAGGCUUCUCCAACGCAGAGUUCAAAGCUUUCCUGCGGGAAGAGUCAAAAAAACGUGAAAAUGAAUUCAACGAACCGGCUGCACUACGAGAAAUCUACAAGUACUUGCAACAGCACUUUGAUGCGGUAAGCUUUCACUUGUUGUGA